GUGACCACAAAAACACCAGCAGAACGUAAACACAAUCGUCAUCUCGCGCGUUGCAUGUAAAACGCUGUGCAGCAAGCAGCCAGUGAUGAGUAGUCUAGCGGGAAAUGUGAAAAUCGGGGAUUCAUCAACAGCGAACAGAAUUGAAGACCACCCCGAAGUAAGAUCUCAUUCAUGUUGACAUGGAAACGGAAACCAUGGAUGAAAAAGAAGCAGAAGGUUUCAUUUUGCAGAAAUGGCAGAAAUGCUUUUUCGACCUGCAGCGACCAGACGCUGGUCCUGGUGUGAGAGCAGACAGUAUUACUGGUAUUCUGCAGCAAAUUUAUCAGGCCAGGACAAUAGACAGUAUUGAUGAAGAUGUUCAUGGUGACCUUGCAAGGCAGUACAUCAAGUCAUACUCCGCUAUUGUUGACAGUGUCAAUCCAGAGACAGGGCUUAAUAACUACGCUGAUGGUGCUCUGACGCUGUGUGCAAAUCAUCCAAAUGAAAGUGCAGAAUGGACGACAUCCUUCACAUCUGAAAGCCUAAAAGCUCUGCCUUGUGUGCAGAGCCUAUUGCAAACCUCCAAGAGAAAUGCGGAAAGUAGAAGACCUGUAAGAUCCAAUGAGAAGAUCACCCUCAAUGAGAAGAUCACCCUCAAUGAGAAGAUCACCCUCAAUGAGAAGAUCACCCUCAAUGAGAAGAUCACCCUCAAUGAGAAGAUCACCCUCAAUGAGAAGAUCACCCUCAAUGAGAAGAUCACCCUCAAUGAGAAGAUCACCCUCAAUGAGAAGAUCACCCUCAAUGAGAAGAUCACCCUCAAUGAGAAGAUCACCCUCAAUCAAACAACUCUGCAAACAAAAAGGCCUGUUGAUCAACAAACGUCAACAAGUGCUCCUAAUCAACCAGGCAGUUCUAACCUCAGAGGAUCCACAAGUUCAACCAACUCUUCCCUAUCAUUCAAUCCACCAUCAAAUCCACUCUCCUCGUCGUCAUAUCCACCAGGCAGACCUUCAGGUUCAUCAACCAAUGCCACAAAUCAUCCACCAGGUCAAAGUUCAAGAAACUCGGGUCAGAGUUCAAGAUCUUCAGAUCCGGCCGCAGCCUUCCAGGAAACUACAAACAGAGGGACGUUUCCCCAACCUCCUGCAACAAAUUUGCAGACUCCAUGGCAAGGGGGUCACCAUCGGGUUCUGAACGCAGCUGCACCUCCUCCCAACAAACAGGCCCCUGUAGGGUCCUACUCUGCCCCCCAUCAACCUGUACCUGCCUUUGCCUCACGAGCCACUGCCAACAGGUCUGAGAACCAAGGACCUUUAAACAGGAAUCCUGGCUUUCCUUCACAUCAAGGUCCUCGACAGAGUGUGUUUAAUACGACUGGAGCUCUACCACAGACUCUGAAAAGAAAGACAAUGUUUCAAGAAGUAGAGUACCAUGGGGAUGGUCAGUUGCCCUUCCGUACCUCAGUCCCUGAGCGUGCAGGUUAUGCAGAGAGAAGACAGAAUGAUGGUCCAGGUGCAAGACCCAGGGAAGACGAUUAUGAUGAUUGUCCCAAUGCAGUACCAAAUGUAUUUAAAACAGCCUCUGAACAGCUAAGUAUAAACAACCAGAAGAAGUUUGGUGGUCGUGGAGGGGGUGGUGCCCCUACGCCUUCAGCUUACGGAACCAACAAGAAAUCACUGGGAAGCACCAGGAGAGGAUUAAACAGUAAGUUUGUUCCACCGGUGAUCAAUCGAGACGAGGAGGAGGCUGAAAGAGGUCACCAAGGAGCAAAGCCAGGGGUUGGUGGUAGGUCAAAGACGACUGGAGGCGGUGAGGAGGAGGUGACAGAUGAGCGAUUGAAAGGAAUCGAUCCCAAAAUGAUUGAACUCAUUGCAAAUGAGAUCAUGGAUCAUGGACCUCCAAUACAUUGGGACGACAUCGCUGGCUUGGAAUUCGCUAAGACAACUAUCAAAGAAAUUGUUGUAUGGCCGAUGCUCAGACCGGAUAUCUUCACUGGUCUCAGAGGGCCUCCCAAGGGCCUGCUUCUGUUUGGUCCUCCGGGUACUGGUAAGACUCUAAUAGGAAAAUGCAUUGCUUGUCAAUCUGGAGCAACGUUCUUUAGCAUCAGUGCAUCAUCCCUCACUUCAAAAUGGGUCGGGGAAGGAGAAAAGAUGGUGAGGGCGCUGUUUGCUGUCGCCCGAUGCAAUCAACCCGCCGUCAUCUUCAUUGAUGAAAUCGACUCGUUGCUGUCUCAGAGGUCCAAUGAUGAACAUGAAUCAUCUCGACGGAUCAAAACAGAAUUCCUGGUGCAGUUGGACGGUGCCACUACCAGUUCUGAAGACCGCCUCCUUGUAGUUGGUGCGACCAAUCGUCCUCAGGAGAUCGACGAGGCUGCACGACGGCGACUGGUCAAGCGGCUGUAUAUCCCUCUACCUGAGGCUCCGGCUAGAAAGCAGAUUGUCCAGAAUCUACUGACCCAACAGAGCUACUCGCUAACGGAGGAUGAACUGGACAUGGUGUGUUCGGAGACUGAUGGUUACUCUGGUGCUGAUAUGGCCAAUCUGUGCAGAGAGGCAGCUUUGGGUCCUAUACGAUGUAUUCAAGGAACAGAUAUUCAGUUCAUCAGUGCUGACCAGGUCCGUCCUAUAUUGUAUCAAGACUUCCAUGGUGCUCUGCAGCACAUGAGACCAAGUGUGUCCAAGUCAGAUCUGGACAUCUACCUGGAGUGGAACAAGACCUUUGGGAGUGGGGCUAGUAAAUGAACAAGUAGACUGGUACCUUGAAUAGGCAGCUUCAUAUCUACCUGGAGUGGAACAAGACCUUUGGCGGUGGGGCUAGUAAAUGAACAAAUAGACUGGUACCUUGAAUAGGCAGCUUCAUAUCUACCUGGAGUGGAACAAGACCUUUGGCAGUGGGGCUAGUAAAUGAACAAAUAGACUGGUGCCUUGAAUAGGCAGCUUCAUAUCUACCUGGAGUGGAACAAGACCUUUGGCAGUGGGGCUAGUAAAUGAACAGACUGGUGCCUUGAAUAGGCAGCUUCAUAUCUACCUGGAGUGGAACAAGACCUUUGGCAGUGGGGCUAGUAAAUGAACAAAUAGACUGGUACCUUGAAUAGGCAGCUUCAUAUCUACCUUAGGCUGUGUUUGAACUGGCGGCUACAGCUAGGGCUACAGCUAGAUUUCCGCUUCAUUAUGCGUUGAGGUUUAGGAGGUCCUCAGCAACACCCUUAGUAACAGCCGUAGUCGUAGGUGUAAACGCCAGUUCGGUUACAGCCCGAGAGUGGAACUUAAGGCAAUCGGAUGUGAGGGCUUAGAAAUAAACCUAUAGACAUUUGGAAAUGAGCCUUGCAACUGCAACAAACAUCGUCUGGCUCUUUGACUUUCCAGCUAACCUUCGCAUCUGACUCUGUCAGUGGGGAAAACUUCAAAGGAAAUUCUCACAAAUUGUUGUCAUGAUUGGGGGUUGAACAAAGACAAAUGUCAUAUUGUCGUCUCUAUACUGAUAUCUUCAGGCCUCUAGGUUAAAGUGCCUGUCACCUUUAAGGAUCUCUUGGUUGCAUUAACAGAAAGAUUUAAAAUGAAACAAUAAUAAAUACAAAUCUCUUUGAUUUGCAAAAUCGAGUGUUAUAUACUCAACUGAAGUUGCCUGUUUUGAAGCAUUAAACCACAUGUGAA